AUGAUGUCAGAACAGGAUUUGGCAGAUGUUGUUCAGAUUGCUGUUGAAGACUUGACUCCAGAUAACCCAGUUGUGUUGGAGAAUCAUGAAGUGACAGAUGAUGAUGUAGAACCUGCUCUGAAACGUCAGCGUAUAGAAAUUAACUGCCAGGAUCCCUCUAUUAAGACAAUAUGCCUGCGGUUGGAUAGCAUUGAGGCAAAGUUGCUGGCUCUAGAGGCUACCUGUAAAUCAUUGGAAGAGAAGUUGGAUCUUGUCAUGAACAAACAGCAUAGCCCCAUCCAGGUUCCCAUGGUGGCAGGUUCUCCACUUGGCGCUACGCAGACAUGCAAUAAAGUACGAUGUGUUGUCCCUCAGACCACAGUAAUACUGAACAACGACCGGCAGAAUUCAAUUGUAGCCAAGAUGGUUGGGCAGGAAGAGCCAUUGAGCAGAGCAGCGGAUUCUCUGGAAAAUAUCCUUAGCAACGCUGUUCCUGGACGUAGGCAGAACACCAUAGUGGUGAAAGUUCCAGGGCACGAUGACAGUCACAAUGAAGAUGGAGAGAGUGGCUCUGAGGCCAGUGACUCAGUUUCCAACAGUGGACAAUUAGGAAGCCAAAGCAUUGGGAACAAUGUCACGCUUAUUACGCUGAACUCUGAAGAGGAUUACCCCAAUGGGACAUGGCUCGGAGAUGAAAAUAAUCCUGAGAUGCGAGUCCGUUGCCCCAUCACCCCUGCUGACAUGCUGCACAUCAGCACAAACUGCCGCACAGCCGAGAAGAUGGCCCUGACGUUGCUUGAUUAUCUCUUUCAUCGGGAAAUUCAGGCCAUCUCCAACCUUUCGGGCCAGGGGAAGCAUGGGAAGAAGCAACUUGAUCCUCUCAUGAUUUAUGGGAUUCGCUGUCACCUAUUUUAUAAAUUUGGAAUCACAGAAUCUGACUGGUAUCGAAUCAAGCAAAGCAUAGACUCCAAAUGCCGGACAGCUUGGAGACGGAAACAGCGAGGUCAGAGUCUUGCCGUGAAAAGCUUUUCAAGGCGAACGCCUUCGUCAUCGUCUUACAGCGGUUCAGAGGGUUCGCAGAGUUCAGUUUCAGCUUCUAAUGAGAUCCAGCAGAACCAGCCACAGGCACUACACUAUGCACUAGCCAAUGCUCAGCAGGUUCAGAUCCACCAAAUAGGAGAAGAUGGACAAGUCCAAGUAGGCCAUCUCCACAUAGCCCAGGUUCCUCAAGGCGAGCAAGUCCAAAUCACGCAGGACAGUGAGGGAAACCUGCAGAUACAUCAAGUUCAUGUGGGUCAAGAUGGGCAGCUUAUUGAAGUAAAUGAUUUUCCUUGCCUUCUCAGUCCCAGUCCAUACCUGCUAUCAUCAGGCCAGGUGUUGCAGGGUGCUCAGCUAAUAGCUGUUGCUUCUGCCGAGCCUGCGUCGGGGGGUGUUGAUGGAUCCCCGCUCCAAGGGAGUGAUAUCCAAGUCCAGUAUGUGCAGCUGACGCCAGUGACAGACCACUCUGCGACUAAUCAAGGCACUGAUACCCUUCAAUCAGCAAUCCAACCAGAAAUGCAGAUAGAACACGGAGCCAUCCAAAUUCAAUAG